UCCAGUGGCGGGAUAUCUGAAAUUGGCGCUAAUAUUCUGAAAUUUUCAGAUCAUUUUUGAUGUUUUCCGAAAAGUUCAGACCAUAUUUGUUUGAUCCAAAUCCCUAACCCCAAAGUCCCACACGCACGGUCAGGGGGGAAGAAAAGGGAAGGGGAUAAGGAGAGCCUUAAUCGGCCCCUAUAAUAUAAUUCUACACCGGCGCGGCGCUGCUGGAUACUUCUGAUCAAUAGAACUGGGGUUUUUGAAUCAGAGACAUGGAUGGAGGAGAAAUAGAGAAUAUAAAGAGGUGGAUAGUGUUCUACCCAAUUUACAUAAACUCGAAGAAAACGGUGGCGGAAGGGAGGCGGAUAAGCCUCGCCAACGCAUGCGAAAAUCCCACGUUCACCGAGAUCGCCGACUGCUGCGCUCAUCUCAAGCUCCCUAAUGCUAUUGAGCUAGAUAAGGCUUAUCCGCGCGACUUCAUGCAAAGAGGGAGAGUGAGGGUAUUGCUGAAAAGGGAGGAUGGGACUCUCUGCAAUCCAGCCAUUUCUUCCAGGUGCUGGCCGAGCAUUUCUGCUGGUGGGGAUUUGAAAAUG